GCACUGUGUUACCAGCCGCAGCCGCACACGUGAUCUAGGCGCCCAAAAGUCCGUUCCGUUCGCUUUUGAUCCGGAGGCCGCAAGGACAUCCUCCACUGAGUCCCUUCGCCGUCACAGGGCUGCUUUACGGUCACAAUGCAUCGUCAGUCUGUUUUACGACUGGCUCGCCAGUCCGGGGCUUUCCCGCUGGCCGAAUUGCCCCCUCCCUACCUCGCCCCGUCUCUCCAUUUCUCCAUGAACCGGUCGACCGUCCAGUGCUCGAACUUUUCUUCCACCGCCGCUGUCGCCGCUGGCCGUGGUGAUCUCAACAAAGUCCGCGCCGUGUCCGCUAUUCACCGCACUGGCCCCAAGUACCGAUUGGGCGUGUCCAAAUACCCAUUGCCCAAGCCAGUUUCCCCAGACGCUCUCCCGAAGCGCAAUGCCACACCAGACCAUGGACUCUGGGGUUUCUUCCCCACGGACCGGACCGCUUUGAGCACGCCGACAUACGACAUCGAAUGCGGCCGCUCGUGGUCGAUUCAGGAACUCCGUGAGAAGUCAUGGGACGAUCUCCAUUCCCUCUGGUGGGUCUGCGUCAAGGAGCGCAAUCGCAUAGCUACGAGCGAUAUGGAAAGGAAGAGACUGAAGGCUGGUUACGGAGAGUGGGAAUCCGCUGAGCGGGAUCGUGUGAUCCGCGUCACGCAAAACGGCAUCAAGCACGUUCUUCGGGAAAGAUGGUACGCCUGGGAGGAGGCCCAGCGUCUCUACAGAAAGGGCUACCGGCCCCAGGAGGAUAGCCAGGAGUAAGGGCAUCAACUCCACGUGAGAUAUCACAAAAUGGACCGGGGUUUGAAUUUGGGAGCUCCGAUAGAAAUUAUUGGUCUGUACUUUGUAUGUAGUAGUAUGUAGUAUAUGUUCUCUUAUUAUUGGCAACGUUUUUUGGUUUCUUUUUUUUCCAAUCAUUUUCUUUGUUUCCCCAUGUCGAAAUUCCAGCUAGUUUUGAUUUUGGCGAUCUGAUCGAGAGCCAGUGUUCUGUAGUUCUGUUGAGAACCCUACCUACUGUACCUGGUUGUGGCGGAAAAGGAUGCCAGAUCUAGACUGUCAAUUUCUCAUGACUAGUG